AUGGCUACUCCUAUGAUCAUCCCCAUGAUUCCUCCUCUGUACCUCAUGGAGCCGCCGCCGGGAGAAGUCAGAACGCUUGAGAACCCGCCUACCAGUGCUGGCGCUGUCCUGCCUACUGGGGUGGCGACGACUGGUGUUGCGUUCAUCAUUGUCGUUAUUCGAAUCCUCACGAGAAAGUUUGUGGUCAAGAGUUCUUUGGGAGUUGAUGACUCAAGUCUCGUCUUCGCCUUUGGCUUUCUUGGUAUGGCACUUACGCUCCUAGACGUUGGCGUCGGAAAUCACACAUGGGAUGUCCCUAUCCGGCCGUAUGUCCCCAAGUUCGGACAGUACAGCACUGCUUCGAACCUCCUCUACUGCGCCAGCAUUGUUCUUUCCAAACUCUCCGUCCUCGCAUUCUACCUCCGAAUCUCAAUCGACAAGAUCGUUCGCCGAGCUGUAUACUCCUGCGUCGCUCUGGUGUGCGCCUACAGUUUGACCUACGUUUUGCUAAUUAUUUUCCGAUGUUGGCCUAUAAGUGCGACAUUUGAUCCGCUCCAGCAGGACAAGUGCAUUAAUUUAAGUGUCCUCGCUAUUUACCUCAUCGCCUGCAGUGUUGCCGUUGAUCUCUUCCUCAUGAUAAUCCCCUUCCGGAUCGUCAAGCCUCUUCAAGUUCCCAUGCGUCAGAAGCUCGGUCUCGCGUUUCUCUUCGCUACAGGAGGUUCCAUCAUUGGCGUCACUCUCAGACGACUCACUAUCACUCUUCCCAUGAUCAAGAGCCACGACUACACUUGGGAGUUACCACCACAGAUCAUCCUGAGUUUCCUCGAGGUCAACCUUAGCAUUUUCGUUAUCUCGAUCCCUGCGCUUAAACCAUUCUUCAAGCGCUACAUCCCCUUCCUCAUUCAGUCCAAGAUUCGCUCCCAGGACAAGUCUCCCAAGAACAGCUCCAACAAUCAGGAGAAGGGGAGUGGUUGCCAAAACGUCGUCGAUUCAUAUGAGCUAUCUCACAGAAAGUCAGAUGGUCCUCAAGAUGAAGAGGCACGUCUAUGGUACAGGGAUCCUGAGCAGGGUGUUUCUGUCGACUCAGAUGGAUUCAGACAAGAUGCCGAAAGCUUCGAAAGUGCGGCUGAUCGUUGUCCGUCUCUGACCCAGAAGCCUGAACCAGCAGUUGUCAGUUUCAGCACCAAGCGGACUCACAGUGUCAACGGUAUCGAUGUCAGCAGGGAAACAGUCGUGACAUAUGGCCAAGCCGUGUAG